AACGAACGGAACAGGGCAAGUGUCGUUUUUAAACUUUAAAGACGCGUGUUGGUAUGUUAAACCAAAUCGAAGAGAAAAGAAAAGAAUCGAGUGAUUUUCGUUUGCGUUGUUGUUGCGACUGAGUGAGUGAAGAUGGCGUGCUUGCACGACCACAGUUGCGAAGACCAUGACUGUUCCUCUAACUGGUCUCUCUACAAACACAUCGACCUCUCCAAGGUAACUGCUUUGAAUGAGGCAAAUCCAGGAAGUGUUAAGUCAGUUUUCAAAGCUUGGGAAGAGCGUCUGGAUUCUUCUGGGGUUCACUUGGAAAGCAAUGAGGGUGAUCCUGAGUUACUUGUCUUCAUUCCAUUUACUUCAGAUGUCAAGAUUAAGAGCAUAUCCAUAGUUGGUGGAGCUGAUGGAACAAGUCCUUCCAAGAUGAGAGUGUUCAUCAAUCGAGAAGGAAUUGACUUUUCAGAUGCACAAAGCAUGCAGGCUAUUCAGGAAUGGGAUUUGGUUGAGAAUAUGCAAGGAGUAUUGGAAUACCAGACAAGAUAUUCUAAAUUUCAAAGCGUGGCAAAUAUUACCUUGCACUUUCCUGAGAAUUUUGGUGGUGACACUACUAAAAUACACUAUAUUGGCUUUAAAGGCGAAGCCACUCAGUUGAAAAGGGAUGUUGUUGCCACUAUUGUUUAUGAGCUUAUGCCAAAUCCUUCUGACCACAAGACACGUGCUGAAAGUGGAGGGGGUCUUUCUCACAUAGAAUGAAAUAGUUACAUUUACUGAUGUUACUUAGUUACUUAAUAACCAUCGCCACCCAAUCUCGUUCUCCUUGUUUCCACCCUCCCUAGACAAAAAAGUACAGCUGGACGUGGAUAACUACAAUAUCGUGCAAUGGAAUAUUUAGUCCUGAAGUCUACGUAAAAAUUAUUGCAUGUGAAAUUUUGUGGCUAUAUACUGUUUAUCUGGAUGAUGAUGAAUAUGACAAUCUUAAUAUAUUUUAUAGAACAAAUGAAAAACUAAUCAUUAUGACAUUAUCAAUUGUUUCUCUCUA